GUCUGUCAUACAAACUCGCUAGCACUGGCACGAUAUUCCAUAAACUCAUAUUUUAAUAUUAAAUUUGACAUACGUCACAAAUUUGUUUAAUUAUGCUGUAGUGUUUUUUUGUAUUUUUUGUAGUUAUUAAUUUUUUGUUUAGUUUCAACAAAAUUUUCACGUAAACUAAAUUUAUUUGUUUUGUGUAGUGUCCCAAUGUCCUCCACGUUGAUUUUCGUUGGCCUGCCUGAAGAUUCUAGAAGUUCUAUCACGAAGACCCUGUCAGUUUCCGGCUCCAGAAGUGUUGGUGAUUUAAGUUUCCUGGAUAUCGACUCCAUCGUGAUUUCGAGCCUGGAUUUUAGCGAGCGGAGGGUGCCGAACGCGCCCAAGAGCUGCAUUGCAGAGAUCUUCAACGGAGACCAGACUGAUGGUAGUCCGGUGAAGAAUGGUGCGGCUCGACCCCGCGUGGUUCGCGACACCCCGACCCGCCCCCGGGACACGCACUCCCGGCUCUUCGGUCAGGUGCGUCAAUCAAAUGCUGUAAACCACCCAGUAUCUCCGAUGGUGACUGACACGAUUCGCAGUCACAUUCAGUUCGGCGACUCCGAGAUGAACGGUUCGAGCCCAACGCACUCGCCGUCCAAGUCCGCCGGCAACGGCACCGCCACAUCCACGCCCAGCCGAGGUGAGACGGACCUCGCUGGACACUCAUUGUACGCUCCACCGAAGAGGAAUCCCGUGACAGGCGAUGGAGUGUCGGUGCCGCCGCAGCGCCGCCGCCAUCCCGCCGCCAGCCUGCGAGAAGGUAACCCGAUCACCGGUGAUGGCUACAAGUCGAUGAACGGCCAGAUCAACACGGUGACGUCAAUAAACGGCAACAGCCACAUGAUCAACUCCAGCCGCGUGCCGCCCGGCGGCUUCUCCUCCGGCCUCUGGUAGACCACACCCUACUGACCACCCACCUACACAACCACUCCACGGUGACCGACCAGCCACAACAGCCGCCUAGCUAUCGGCAUGCGCAAACCGACUUACUCUAAAGCCGAUGCUUCAUUCGAAAACAAUUCGAAACUUAAACCAAACCACCAUAACACAAGUUUGAGCCUAUAUUUAUUGUUAGCCUCAAGUCGAGGCAGAUAUGUCAACCAGUCUGCCUCGAUUUGAGCAAAAGCCUCGAAUCAAGCAACGGCUCUAAAGUACAUUUAACGGUACAUAAUGAAAAAAUGCAUUUAGUUCACUUCCUUAUUAUUUGUUUAAUCAACUAAAUUCGAGUAGUAGGUAUUGGCAAAACUAGUAACGCCAUUAAAUUAUUGCACUCGUAAAUUGCAACGUCCACUAAGAUUGGAAGGGUAUAUGUUGUUAAUUACAUCCUUAGCCUAUCCCAGUAACAGUUUCAUCAUUUGGAUCUAAUUUAGAAUAGAUUAUAGAUAUUUUUGUAAUAGUAAUAUUCGAUAGUUAUUGUAAAGUUAAUAGAUCGCGAUGUGGAACUCGGCAAUCAUAAUGAGCGAACUGCAGUAUCGCGCGAUCAUCAAUCUCUCAGACAGUUUCCUUUAUGAUUACAAAGUUGCACAUUACAUUAUCUUAAGAACUUGAAAUUGUACUCUUUCACACUUGUACGAAUAUGUUAACCCAUUGAUAUUGUGAAUUUAGGAGUGAGGAAACGUAUCAGCAAUAUACCAAAACGAAUAGUGCCUUGAUCGAAGAUGAGUAAAAUUCUGAAAGAAUUGAUGUACAUUUGUGUAGGCGUAAAGUACUAAGCAUGAAGAUUUAAUGAUUAUAUAUCUAUAUUUCGCGGUAUAGAAAUAGUAAUCAUGCGGCACUCCAGCUAAUUGAUACAAAUUAAUUAACCUUAACUUUAAUAUUCGACACUGCAUAAGGGUCUGUAAUCUCAUUUGUUGAAUUUCAUUAUCUUAAUAUUUAAAUAGAGGGAUUUAUAAAAUGCAUUUAUUUAAACUUUUUAUACGAGUUUAUUUUAUUUUUUAGUUUAUUUUCUACUCGUUUAGAAAUUAAUGUAACGAUGGAUUUGAAUUCUUGGUAGAUUAUCUGUUAACAUAAUAGAUGAUCAUGUGUGUAUGAUAUGAAGAGUGAUGUCUCUAUGCGUAGCGGCAACAAUCCGGUAGACUUAGCGUAGGCAUAUCAUCUUUGUAAAAACUUUUUAAUAUUAUCUAACAUGAAAUCGCAUAAUCACUGGCCUAAUUGUAACAAAUGUUAAUAGAUAAUAACCAUUAUUUCAAAAUAAAGUUUUUUAUUAAUUA